CAAAAGCUUAGACUUCAGAUCAAUGGAAGCCAUGGCUUGUGGGCGACCUAACCGUUGCCUGCUCGAUCUGGGUGCCCACUUGGCAAGAAAUUGGUGACCUCGGCUGAGGUCUGUUUAAGGUGUUUUCCUUCAAUGGCCUUCCCUUACAACCCGGAUCACCGCGGGUACUCUGAUCUGGAAUCGCUUUUGCGGGGGGACUUUGAUGCAGGAGCAUUGAAGCUUGAGCUGGGCGGGGAGCUGCCUCCAAAGCCUAAGGUGACCUGGGAUGUACAGACUGGGCAUCGGUCUUUGAAGCCUGCACCCGAGCCACAGGUGCGGCAGGUCCCGGAGCCUGUCCAGCCAGUGCCUUUGCGCGAGAGCCCUGUGGAUGAGAACACCGUGGGAAAACCCGGCUACAAGUUUUCACUGCGAGGCAUCGAUCCCUUCGCUACGCGCCGCCUGGCGCCGGGGGAGUUCUAUGCCCCGUUCCGACGUCCAGCGGAAGCGCCCAGAGCUAAAGGACAUGCCAGCCAGCUGCUGGCAAAUGUCAACUCAAUGGCUGAUGAGCACAAGGCGACCAUUGAUCACAUCAUGCAGCAGUGCGACAAGGUGUCGAGAAUGAUGCUCCUCGCGACAGCGAACGCUCUGCGGAAGUCCAACGCUGCCUCGGAGCGGCCGAUGCCGAAGAUGACGGUGAGGUCCCAUAUCAAGAAGGAACUGGGACGGCUGGCUGGAUUGGAUGAGGUCCACCGCCUGCUAGACGCACAAGAGCUGGACCGCCCCGAGAAUGAUGAUAUCCUGCUCUAUUGCUCACCAGAGGAGCGGCAAACAAAGUUGCAGAUGGAAGACUUCUUUCUGUCGAGCGUCAAGACGUUUCUGAAGAACGAACGGAG